GACCGGGCGGGAGCGGGGCCAGAAUCGGGAUCGGGACGGGGAUCGGGGUCGGGAGCGGGAGCAGGCAGCCAUGCCGUACGCCAACCAGCCCACUGUGCGCAUCACCGAGCUGACGGACGAGAACGUCAAGUUCAUCAUCGAGAACACGGACCUGGCGGUGGCAAAUUCCAUACGAAGAGUGUUUAUCGCUGAGGUCCCCACCAUAGCCAUCGACUGGGUCCAGAUAGAUGCCAACUCCUCUGUGCUCCACGAUGAGUUCAUUGCACACAGGCUGGGCCUCAUCCCUCUCACCAGCGAUGACAUUGUGGAUAAAAUGCAGUAUUCCAGAGACUGUACGUGUGACGAGUUCUGCCCCGAGUGCUCCGUGGAGUUCACCCUGGACGUUCGCUGCAACGAGGACCAGACCCGUCACGUCACGUCCCGCGACCUCAUCUCCAACAACCCCCGGGUCAUUCCGGUGACGUCUCGGAGCAGAGACAACGACCCCAACGACUAUGUGGAGCAGGAUGACAUCCUCAUCGUGAAGCUGCGGAAGGGGCAGGAGCUGCGGCUGCGAGCCUACGCCAAGAAGGGCUUCGGGAAGGAGCACGCCAAGUGGAACCCUACGGCGGGCGUGGCCUUCGAGUACGACCCAGACAACGCGCUGCGGCACACGGUGUACCCCAAACCAGAGGAGUGGUACGUCCCACUGUCUGUCUGGAGGCCCUGGGAAAGGUUUUCCAGCAGGCAACAACUUCCAUUUCGGCCCUGGGGAUGAUUUGGGUCAGUAAGCGAUGGUGGGUGUAUCACUUCCUCCUGCACAGACUCUGCUCCUGCAUUGGCCAGUCGCUUAUUUUCAAGGUGAACUGGUUUGUGGUCACCUCUUAUCUUCCCUCGUGUACCAUCACUGCUGAUUUGUCUGCCUUUGGUGCUCUUUUCCAGCUGAUUUUUUUCCUCCCCUGUGCAAGUGGUGUGUAGGUCAGGGUAAAGUCUGAGGAAGGAACAGAUCCAUAUGAAGUGGAAGAGGUUGCUGUGAGAGGAAAGAGUGGCAGGUUGGGUUGCAAUACAGAUUUUGCAGCCCUGUUUGUAUGAGGAAGCCCAGUAUGGCUCUGAUUCCACCCAUACAUCUCCUCGCUCCUGGAGCCUGAGACCUGGAAGCAGGGUUUUUCCCUUUCCUCUCCUCUGACAUAUCAUUCUGCACCAGUAGCAUGCUGCUUCUCAUCUAAAAGUGACAUGAUUUUGCUUUUGGAAAGCUGCUGCCCUGCUUUGGCCUGAGAGAGGACUUCACCUAGCAUCUCUUUUCCAUGAGUAGGUACCUGAGCUGCUCCUGGCUCUGCAUCCCAGUGAGCACCUAGCAGACAUCCUGUUGUUGAGCAUGCUGGAGCCAGCAGUGUAGUGAGGAACCCGGUGCUUUAGCCAAGGCAGGCUGAGAGCGGGGACUAGAGGGGGUGGUGGAUGUGCUGCCACAAGAGCAGGGCAGCAGCCCAAGGUCAGGAAGACCUCGGUACAGGAGCAGGAUUUGGCACAGGGAUGGCAGAAGCUGGGGUUGAGCAGGGGGCAAUAAACCCUGAGCAGAGCUGCAGCUGGAGGGGAGGCUGAGCAGCAGAAGGGGCUCGGUGGGUUCUCCUCUGACUGCCAGACCCUGUGCUGCCACAUUUGACUCUGCAAAUGGCUGCAAGCAGUAGCAGGCAGGUGGUGGGGCUGUUGUACCUCCUCACUCUCUGCUUUGAGCCUGGUGUUCAAACCCAUCACAGUGUUUGGCCUUACACCGUCCCUUGCUAAAUUAGCUGUCCCUGAACAAGCUUCCCAGAGGUGCAGUUCAGCCCUGAUUUCACACCUCAUCCUAUUGCCAGUGGCUUUCUGCUCUGGAGCUGUCAGGGAGAUCCUGUGCUGCUCAGUUUGCACUUGGGAGGCUUGAGAAGCCUUUUGUCACCAAGGGUGGAGUUGCAGGUGAAUCCCAACAGCCUGCCCGCAGCCAUCCCAGCCCUGUUUUAUGGGUGGAAGGAGCGAACCCCGCUUGGCUUUGAUGGGCUCUGUGGGGCGCGUUCGUGGGCCCAGAUCAGUCAGUCUGGGUGCAAUGGGACGUGCCAGGCAUUUGGCUCCUUCAGCACCUCGUCAGGGCAGUGCAGUAAGAACCAGGCUGGCAGGUAAUGCUGGAAUUCUGGAAAUGGGCAUUUUCCUCAGCCUUGAUGAUCUGCGUGCGUGGACUGAAGCUGCACUUAGGGAACUGCCAGCUGCAGACCAGGCUGUCAGGGGGAAGGUCUGUGAGAGGCUGGUUGACCACGACUGAGGGUGCUGCUCGACAGUCUUGUGGUCAGGAGCAUGUCACAAGAGUUGAUGUGCCGGCCUGUCCUUUGUCACCAGCAGUUUGGGGGAUGGAACUGGACAGUUUUGAAGUUUCCAAAUGAUUUAUGGCAGAUAAAUUGCCCCAAAAUUUAGUUGACUGUCUGAGUGAUAGAUCGGAUGCUUGAGAAACAAAGAAUGGAUGUGGAAUUUCAAAUAGGGAUUUGAAAUAAUUUUAAGCUUCAUUUUGGUGCCAUAAAAAUUCCUCGGUUUAAUUUCUGCAGUGCUGGAUCGUAAGUCUGUGGCACUGAUGAAGUGACAGAUUUGGAAUGCUGCUUUGAGUGGGACAGUGGGGUGCCAGGCAGGCUGAGGUAUCAUUGGCUUUGCUGCCUUUUUGGAUGGGGAAUGUCACAGUGUGACUUUUGGAGAGCGUGGGCUUUGGGAGAUGUUGGUGUCACAGAGAACAGCCCCACCUGAGCACCAUGUG